AUGGAAAAUAUGGCCUCCCGCUGCAACUUUAUUGACGAAUUCGAACUGAUUGGUUUCAUCAUCGAUGGAAUGCAAGACACUUCACCAGAGUCACACCUCCUAAUGAACGCACGAACGAUGGAUCAGUUUAAAAAUUCAUUAGACCUGUACGAACAGCGGCGUUCCAAUCGACUUGCUGCUAAACCCGAUGUCACUGCUGCCACCAUAAGACAAAAACCACCGACGACCAAAAGCAAUAUGAAAGCUGACGCAACCGAUGCAAAAGAAGUCCGUUGCUACAACUGCACGCAGAUGGAACACUACCAGAGCAAAUGCCCGUACGAAAAGCGACCAGACAGUAGCUGCUUCCUGUGCUGGAAGAUCAGACAUGACCGCCGAAGUUGUCCCAACCCGAAGAAAAUGAAGCCAGUGAAAAAUACCGCCGCUGCUGUUGCCGAUGCCACUGAUGAACGAAGCCACCCUAGUUGUCGAGAAGAUGAAGAUCUUGACGAUUUUCGAAGUGCUGUAUAUGCUAUUAAUUUGGUAAGUGUUGCCUACUGUAGUAAUAAAGUUAAGCGCAGAGAAUUUAAGGAAUGUUUAUCUCUUUUUGACACCGGUAGUCCAACUAACUUCAUACGCAAAUCUGAUGUGCCGACGCCGAAUAAUAUUUCGAAUAUUGCUGUCAAGUCAAAGUAUACCGGUCUUGGAAAACAAAAACUGAUGACAUACGGAACAAUCAAAGCCGAAAUAAAAUUCAAAAAUCGUUGCGGGAAUGUAUUUUUACAUGUAGUGCCAGAUGAUACAAUUUUAAAUGAUUUCAUGUCAAUCGAAAUAGAAGUGAUGCCGUCCGAGGUAGAUGUUAAUCCUGUUCUGAGUAAACAGCACUUUAAGGCACUACAAGAUACGAUUAGAAGUAACUAUUUGAAUGCAAAGCAAAUUAAGUUUAAACCAUAUGACUACGAAAUGUGUAUAAGCCUGACUAGCGACACACCUUUUCACUGCUUGCCACGUCGUCGUUUAUCGUUCUAUGGAAAAAACGAAUUACGCAAAAUUACCGAUGACCUGUUAGCAAAAAAUUUUAUUAGGCCAAGUGAUUCCCCGUACGCUUCUGCAGUAGUCUUAGUAAAAAAGAAGAACGGUGAAAUUCGGAAGUGUGUGGACUAUCGUCCGUUAAAUAAAUUGACCGUAAGAGACAAUUACCCAUUGCCUCUAAUUGAAGAUUGUAUAGAGUACUUAGGAGGGAAAAAUUAUUUUACGACUCUCGAUUUACGAAAUGGUUUUUUCCAUGUAAAAAUGGCACCCGAUUCCAUAAAGUAUACGGCCUUUGUCACACCGUAUGGGCAGUUUGAGUAUAUGCGUAUGCCAUUCGGCUUGAAGAAUGCGCCGGCCGUCUUUCAGAGGUACAUUCAUAACAUUUUCAGAGACCUGAUCGAUGAUGGUUUAAUUAUCAUCUAUAUGGAUGACAUCAUUGUAGGGACAGUUGACUUCGAAUCACAUUUGCAGUUAGUGGCUAAAGUUUUACGACGAAUGAAGGAAAGUGGUUUAGAACUGAGGUUGAGUAAAUGUAAAUUUGGCUACAAUGAUAUAGAAUAUUUAGGCUACCGCGUGAACUAA